GGAGAGCUCGAUGGAGGAAGCAGGAAGUCCGUCUGCCAAGAAGACGGAGAGGAAGAAGAAGAAGAGCCUGAGCACAUAAACAAUACACAAAGAAAAGAAACAAACGUCCAACAGAAAGUGUCUCUUUUCUAUCGCCAUGGCCGGCAUCAAAGCACUGGUUGGUUUGUCCUUCAGUGGUGCCAUUGGACUCACAUUUCUUCUGCUGGGUUGUGCACUGGAACAAUACGGGGUAUACUGGCCUCUGUUUGUCCUGAUUUUCUACGUACUAAGCCCCAUCCCGACCUUCAUAUCCAGACGCCUCAGUGAUGACACUGACUCCAGCAAUGCUUGCAGAGAGCUGGCCUACUUCUUAACAACUGGCAUUGUGGUGUCAGCUUUUGGGCUUCCCAUUGUGCUAGCCCGCACUUCUACAAUUGCAUGGGGAGCCUGCGGUCUGGUGAUGACAGGAAACGCUGUCAUCUUCCUCACCAUCUUUGGCUUUUUUGUUGUGUUUGGAGGUGGGGACGACUUCAGCUGGGAGCAGUGGUAGAGUGCCUGUAGACAGUGGAUAGACGGAAAGAUGGAUGGAUGUUUGGGAAGAUAGACUGCAGACUGAAGGACACAUGUGUCCCGCACUCAAUAUGGGAUGAUGCUCACAUACAGGAUAGGCAGUAACAUGUCUUAUUUACUGGGUAUGUUUUCAGGCUGAUUGUUAUAUUAGGGGGGGAAUAGGGUUGGAGACAACUCUGUGAGCCCUAUUAAUGUGCCUUAUGUCUGCCAUCAGUGAGACACUGAUGCCUAUACCCCUCUUAUGCUGUAACCCCAUCACUAUCCACCUCAUCCUGAGUAUUUUAGCUUGUCUCAGCCCCCAGAUCACCCUGCUCACUGCAGCUCCCUGCUAUUUCAUUAUGCUUCAGUUAAUCAAUAUCAUAAAGGGAUCGUAAAGAGUAACUUCCUUGUAACUUACACUGCAAUGCUCACUGCAUUAUCUGUCCUCGUUGUUCAGAGGGGAAGUGGCUAAACUAGACUAUGGCUUGCUUAUUAUGAGCACUGUUUGCUGUUCAUAAUGUGUAAAGGCAUGGCAAGUUAUCUUAACCCAUGCUAUCUGACAACUAUUCGUAGCGCUCCUAAUCAGGUAAAGAUAUCUUUGUAUGAUGUGUUUGUUUUCAUUUGGGUGACAAGACUUUAAAGCCUUACUUUUUGUUGUGGUGCAAUUGUUUACAUUCUCACCAAAGAUCAUUUCUGAGUGCAAAAAUGGAGCAUAUUCACCACUGAACUGUGGGUUUCAAUCAGUGCUAUGUAGCAACCUGAUCCUCAAAAAAAAAAAAAAAAACAAGCUUGGGCACUUAAGGAAGCGCUGUCAAGUGAAUGUCAUACAUCUAAGCAACUAUGUUCAAAACGCCCACAUCUGUUUUUAUAUUCCUGCUAUUGACAAGAGCAUGAUAUUAAUUUGUGGAUCAUAUUUUUUUUUACAUGUUGAAUGGGCAGUACAUGUAUUUCUUAUAGGCCACGUGUCCUAAAGGAGAGGGCUUUACUUGUAAACUCAUCCAUAAGUGCCUGUCACUCACAGUGUAUAUUUUGAUUCAUAGAGAAAUCACUGUGAUCCGCUGUCGGGUCAGUUUUAUGUGUUCCAUCAUCAGGGGAUAAAAUCUGUAAUUGUAAAUCAAUGUUACGUCCUCAUGUUGUACUUCAUUAUGGUCAUUAGCCGACUAUUAAUGAGGUACUGUACUUGGACUGCUUAGACCGCUCCACAGAGACUAUCGGAGAAAAUCCUAGUCAGCGCCCUGUACAUUUACUGAUAUCUUCACAACUGACAUGUUUAGUAAGAAAUGUUUAUUCUUUCUAUUGUGACUCCCAUAC